AUGACAAGCGUGUUUCUGUACGUUCCCAAUCUUGUUGGGUACCUUCGCAUGGCCAUAGUGGCAUACGCCUGGCUCUUUGUGAAAGACGACCGCUGGUUAGCGCUGCUCUUCUUCAUCUCCGUGCUCUUGGAUGGCGUUGACGGCUGGGCAGCUCGACUGCUGGGUCAGGCUUCACCAUUCGGCACACUCCUCGACGUCAGCAUCGACCUUGGAGCCCGGGCCAUGCUGUGGAGCCUCGUAUGGCCCCGUUUCGGAGGGUUCAUCUCGUCUAUCGAAUGGCUGGGCCUGUUGUGCAACUACCGAGAAGCCGGCACCGACUGGAAGAAAGACGCCCACCACCAUCCGCGCUGGAUACGCGUGAUCUUUGCCAACGGAUUCAAGAAUCCGUGGGGAGCCGUUCUUGUUACGGGAACGCACUUCCUGCCGUUGGCGAUAUUUGUGUACGAACGUGGCAUCUUGUCUUCACCGUGCGUUCCUUACGUCAUCGCGUUCUUGUGGUUUGGCAAGGGAAUUUGCUUCGCGACGGAAGGGUACUUCGUCUGGUAUCACGUGAAGAAGCUGAACGCCUGUUGA